AUGAGUUACCUCCUAUGGAACUGUCAGGGCCUAGGGUCUGACCUGACAGUUCGAGCCCUUCAUGGGUUCAUAAAAAAACACAGACCCUCUGCUGUUUUCUUAAUGGAAACAAAAAUGCAGAACAGCAGAAUUGACCGUCUAAGACGCAGAAUGGGCUUCCAAAAUGGUUAUAAUGUCCCCCCAAAUGGUUUAGCAGGAGGGCUUAGCCUUUGGUGGGAUGAGUCCAUAAAUGUGGAUGUUGCUUUUAGUUCCGAAAACCUGAUUGAUACUAAGGUGCAUGGUCUAAGCGAUGGUUCUUACUGUCGUGUGUCUUGGAUUUACGGCACGCCUUACAGAGAGCAAAAACCAGCUUUUUGGGGGUGGCUAGGAUCCCAACUCUGUGCUACUAAUGACCCUUGGCUCUGUGGAGGGGACAUGAAUGAGUUCAUAUGGCACUUUGAAAAGGCUGGGGGGGUUGCUGCUUCCCACUCAAGACCCAGACAUCUUCUUGAGUUUGCCACGAAGGCUGAGCUUAUUGACUUGGGGUUUAGUGGACCGAGUUUUACUUGGAGAGGCACAAGGAACACACACUUUGUGCAAGAAAGAAUUGACCGGGGACUAGCAAAUGCAGCCUGGCAAACUCGAUGGCCAGACACCACGGUUUUACAUUGCCCAGUAAUUGGUUCGGAUCAUUGCCCCAUUUUUAUCUCAACGACUGAAAAAGGGAAGUUUGGGAAAAGACAAUUUAAGUUUGAACCCUCAUGGGCAGAUGAUCCAGAAUGUAGGGAGGUCAUUGAAAGGGCGUGGAGUAGUAGCCUCAGCGGCCCAUGGAUGUCGCAAUGGCAGAAGAAUCUGCAUACUUGUCGGAACCAUCUUACCGAUUGGAGUAAAAGGAAAUUCAAGAAUAACAAAAUCGAAAUAGACAGUCUGGUGGACCAACUAAACCUCAUGCAACACAGCUGGGAGGAAAAUACCGAGAAUAUCUCUCGUAUUAAGACCAAGUUGAAUGAUCUAUGGAGAAAAGAAGAAUGUUACUGGCAGCAGCGCUCCAGAAUCAAAUGGCUGCAAAAUGGCGACUCCAAUACCUCUUACUUUCACCAGGCGACUAUCCAAAGAAGGAGACAAAACAAGAUCGUGAGAAUUAAAGGGGAAAAUGGCAACUGGGAACAAUCACAGAAGGGAGUUCGCAGGGCUUUUGAGGAGUAUUUCAAAGAGCUGUUUACUUCAAGUGGGAGCAGAGAUUGGAAUUCCAUCCUGAAUUGUAUUGAACCAGUGGUAACUGAUGACAUGAACAGAGACUUGACCAGGCCAACUACACUCGAGGAGAUUAAAGAUGCUGCUUUCCAGAUGGGGGCCACGAAAGCUCCAGGGCCUGAUGGCUUUCAUGGGACUUUCUAUCACAAAUACUGGGGAAUUAUUCACAAUGAUAUUCAGGGCUUCACUGCUGAUUUUUUCACUGGCCAAGCCAUCCCCAAGCCUUUGAACUCCACACAAAUAGUCCUUAUUCCAAAGAUUCCUAAUCCUGAAGCUGUCUCCCAAUUUAGGCCAAUUAGCUUGUGCAACUUCUCCUACAAGAUCCUCUCCAAAAUUCUGGCCAACCGUCUUAAGCCUCACCUACCUAGCAUUAUCUCCCCAACUCAAAAUGCAUUUGUUCCUGAUCGACAGAUCCAGGAUAACAUCCUGGUAGCCCAUGAAGUUUUCCAUGCUUUGAAACUCAAGAAAUCAAAGAAAAAGUUUGAGAUGGGAGUGAAACUCGAUAUGAAUAAGGCUUAUGACCGCGUGGAAUGGGAUUUUCUUGAGAAGGUUAUGCAAAAAAUGGGGUUUAAUACAGGUUGGAUUCAGUUAGUCAUGAGCUGUGUAACAACGGUAAACUUCACUGUGGUGAUCAAUGGCCAACGGGGUGGAGCCUUCUCCCCAUCCCGGGGUAUCCGACAGGGAGACCCAAUCUCCCCUUACUUAUUUCUUUUUAUUAGUGAAGUUUUGUCCCUGCUAAUAAAAAAUGCUUGUGAGACAGAUUUGUUACAAGGUAUUAAGCUGAAUUCUGGAGGUCCUACCUUAUCUCACCUAUUAUUUGCAGAUGAUACUCUCAUAUUCCUGAAAGCCACCACCCAAAAUUGUCAGAAUAUCUCUCGCCUCCUUCAAGCAUUUUGCGCUGCGUCUGGACAACAAGUGAGCUUGACCAAGUCCAAUGUGGUUUUCAGCUCCAACACCCCUUCCUAUGUCCGAGCUUCAAUGUGUGCAAUCCUAGGCAUGCCAGAUGUUACUGAUGCAGGGAAAUACCUGGGUCUUCCCACGUCUUGGGGCAGAGCAAAGAAGGAAGCGUUGGUGUAUGUGAAAGAUCGAAUUCUCCGAAAGGUGCAUGGCUGGAAUCAGCAUUGCCUUUCACAAGCUGGCCGUGAAAUCUUAAUUAAAUCGGUGGCUCUUGCUGUACCAGCUUAUCCCAUGAAUAUCUUCAAAUUCCCUACCACCCUUUGCAAAGAAAUUGAUUCUGUUUUGGCGGGCUUCUGGUGGGGGCAGAAUGGAGAUAAUCGAAAGCUCCAUUGGAUCAACUGGGACACCCUUGGACAACCUAAACAUGAGGGGGGAAUGGGCUUUCGCAACCUCCACGAGUUCAACUUAGCUCUUCUCGCAAAGCAAUGCUGGAGAAUUUUGAUGGAGCCUCAAUCCCUGUGGGUUAAAGUUCUUAAAGGUAGAUAUUUCCCCAAUGUCAGUUUCUUGGAAGCUAAGAAGAGUGGUCGUACUUCGUGGGCUUGGGCAAGCUUGCUUGAGGGCAGGGAUAUCCUACUUCGUGGUGCUCAUUGGCAAGUUAUGAACGGGGCACAUAUUAGAUUGUGGGUUGACCGAUGGCUGCCAAACUCUCUAAAUGAUUGUCCUCGCUUUCAUUCUACUGAAACUCUUGAUCGGAACUUACGAGUGGAAGCUAUUAUUAACAGGGAGCUCGAUGAAUGGAACUUGGACCCAAUUAGGCAUGCCAUUUCUGAUAGUGAUGCCCGUGCAAUUACAAGAAUCAAGUUCGGUAGCAGCAGACUGCCAGACCGACUGAUUUGGCCUAUGGAAAGGAAUGGUUCUUACUCUGUGCGCUCUGGUUACCAUUGGCUUCACAAUACUGAAUGUAGACGAAGAAAUCCACGCCCAUCCUCUUCAAUGGCGAUUGAUCCAAGGCUUUGGAAGCAGAUUUGGAAAGCGGAUGUCCCCCCAAAAAUUCGAAACUUCAUGUGGCGAGCUCUCAGAAAUUGCCUUGCUACAUCGGCAAACUUGCACAAAAAGAAAAUCGCUAGAUCGCCCAUGUGUCCGCUCUGUAAUGAUCACCCGAAAACGGCUGAACACAUCCUUCUCCUCUGUCCUUGGGUGGAGCCUGUCUGGUUCGGAUGCUCCCUCAACCUUCGUAUAAAUCAUCAGGCGGUGACAUCUUUCGGCCAAUGGUUAGGGAAUGUUAUUGAGAAAGGGAAGACCCCACAGGAGCGAUCAAGAUGCCUAACUAUUAUCGCGUACUUCUGCUGGCAGAUUUGGAAGGAUAGGUGCAAAGCAGUGCUGGAACACAUCUCCCCUUCACCAGCCAGAACUACCCACGCUGCCUCUAUUGCCAUCAAUGAAUUCCUUGGCUCCCUUGAUCAUGGCAGACAUCAAACUGUGCAUCCUACCCUUUCUAAUGACAACCAACAACAACUUUGGAACCCCCCUGCCUCUCCCUUUGUCAAAGUCAACGUGGAUGCAUCAUGGAAUCCAAACUCAAAGAGGGUUGGCAUUGGUAUCCUAAUUAGGAACACUCAUGGAGACUUUAUCAAGGGGUCAUCCAUCCCAUCUGUGGCGAACUCUGCUAUUGAGGCUGAGGCACAGGCUUGUCUUGAAGGCUGUAAGCUCGCUGCUGAGAUGGGUUUUCAUCAAGUAACUUUUGAAUCUGAUUGCAAGGAAAUCAUCUCUCCUUUGAAGGGCCCCUUAUCCAAUGGAAGGUGGGAAAUCUAUCCUAUCCUAAGUACUGUUCGAGAUGUUUUGAACUGCUUCCAGACCUACGUUUGGACGUGGAUUCCUAGAACCGCCAACCAAGCGGCAGAUCAUUUGGCAAUGCUUGCCAUUUCGAGGAUGAGCCCGGAAGUAUGGGUCAACCGACCCCCAUCCUCUCUAAUGCAUAUCCUGAACAAAGAUGGUUUACCAUGCCCCCCAAGGAGUGCUUAAUGUUUGCGGUUGUGUGGGCUUCUCGACGUAUCCGGUUGUCUUAUGACUACGUCUUUUUAUUAGUCCUCCUUCCAUGCAGCUGUGA